UUUCUUUCAAGGCUAAGCAAUUGUCCCCCUCGGUUUGCAUAUUUCUCUAAACUAGCUAAGUGUCUUCUAAAUUUAUACUGUGCUGAGAAUGCAUCUCUAGAUUUAAAUUGUGCAAGAAUUAUACUUCUAGUUUCCAUGGAAUGUCUCUCAAUUUUUAAGUGCCAAAGGGCAGAAAGAGCUCUGUAUUCCCUGAUUUUUGUAGAAAGUUGUAGGGGAAAGCCCUCCCUCCAUGUUGCCCUGCUUCCAAUUGCAUUAUAUAGGGGUUGGGAAGGAUAGAGACCUCUAUACUUUUUGUCUCUCAACUGGGGCUGGCUGUACCUACCACUUGGACCUCAGGACUCUGUGUGAUGUGGCACUUUGGCCCCAGUAUGAGCCUGUCUUCAUCUCCCCCAUUAAUGCUAAUUUGCAUGCUGAAGGCCAAGGUGAACAUUGGAGAGUCAGCCUGGAGGACUGCAAUAGCUAUGGUACCUUAGUCAGCAAUAUCAGGCUUCCUAGAGGUCACCAACUGGAACUGAGUGACAGUGACUGUCUAACUUUUGGCCCUAAGGGGCCUGUGGGGGCCAGCCCUCCUGAGUUCUACUUCAUGUUCCAACUUGUCCGUGUCCGACCCCAAGACUUUGCUGCUUUCACUAUCCCCAGAGCUGGGGGGGAAUCAGGAGGUGGAGGUGGUUUUUGGCCGAUGCUGCCCCCUCAGGGGGCCCCACAGCGUCCCCUCAAUACCUUCUCACCUUCUCCCAAGGCUACCCUGAUCCUCAGCUCUAUUGGCAGCCUUAGCAAACUCCAGCUUCAGCCUCUUACAUUCUCCAGGAACAGGGGUGGAAGACAGAGCCUGACCUUUCCUGUGACUCUUAGGGAGUCAGGAGCUACCCUUCCCACCCCACUUCCAGCCCCUCGGAAUCGUCGGAAGUCAGCACACAAGGUGCUGGCUGAGCUAGAGGAUGAGAGAGGAACUAAGGAAAGCCCUCCCAGAAUUCAGGCUGAAACCAAGAAGAAGCUUCGAGGAAUGAAGACUACAGUCACUCCCAGUGGAAAUCGACGUGGCCGUCCCCGGAAGUACCUAUCAUCUAGGAUUGAAGCUCCCCCUCCAAUUGGGGGAGGGGAGCCCUGUGCAGCCCCCAGCUGCCAACCACCGCAGGAAGAGACAGUGGCCUGGGUCCAAUGUGAUGGUUGUGAUGCAUGGUUCCACAUAGCCUGUGCAGGUUGCAGCUAUCAAGCUGCCCAAGAGGCUGAUUACCGUUGUUCUAGUUGCCAAACUUAAGGUGAUGGAAAUUGGUUAAGAAAAAUCAUGGCAACUUGCUGCCACUCCUUGCGACUCAAAAUCCAGGGACUGGAUAUGGUAGGGAUGAAAUGAAAGAGUUUCUGAAAGAAUACUCUCUACUUUCCUCCCUAGGAGGAAAACCUUUCAGGAAAGAAUUGCCUAUUGCCAUGGAUACUAACCUUAGUUUUUAUAAGUCCCUAAAGUAACAUGGAAAAAAGGGCCUUUUGGCUGUGGCUUUUGUUUCCAGGAGAGUUUAGUUGCUAAAUAUGAAACUGAUUCCAGGGUCCUGUUGCCCUAGGGUACUGUAUGCUGGAACCAGAAAAUUAUCCAGUUAUAUAGAAGUCAAGACCAUGUCAGAUGAAUGGCUUCAGGAACUCUAGAAAUGUAUAAGAAAGAUUUCAGAAGGCCAUUUUAUAGUGCUUUGCUGGGAUAAUCUGGAAAACUUCAGACUUGGAUGUGAGAGGGCAAAGGAAAAAAGUCCAAUCUGACCCUGAUCAUGUUGCCUCCAGCAUAACAGCCUGCCUCAAAAUUCCAUUAGCCAUUAUGUCCAAUUCUCCAAUCCUUUGUUCUUUUCUGAUCUACUCUUUUCCCUUCCUAUUUAUUUCCAAAUAAAGAACCAGUUACUGAUU